CCCAUGCCCCGCCCUUUCUCAGCCCCUCCUUGGCGCCGGAACCGCCUCUCUCGCCGCCGCGGGUGCGACGUGAGCGUCGGAGUCGGCGCCGGCAGCGGCGCGGUGGCGGUGAUGGCCGGGACUCCGGCGUCUCUCUCGGGACGGGACGAAGGAUCGUUUGCGUAUCUUACAAUUAAAGACAGAAUACCACAGAUCCUAACCAAGGCUAUUGAUACAUUGCAUCGACAUAAAAAUGAAUUUUUUGAAAAACAUGGAGAGAAAGGCACAGAAGCUGAAAAGAAAGCAAUUUCUCUUCUUUCUAAAUUACGAAAUGAAUUGCAAACAGAUAAACCAAUAAUCCCUUUUGUUGAGAAGUUUGUUGAUACUGACAUAUGGAAUCAGUACCUAGAAUAUCAACAGAGUCUUUUAAAUGAAAAUGAUGGAAAACCCAGGUGGUUUUACUCACCUUGGUUGUUUGUAGAAUGCUACAUGUAUCGUAGAAUUCAUGAAGCAAUUAUCCAGAGUCCACCAAUUGAUGACUUUGAUGUAUUUAAAGAAUCAAAAGACCAAAAUUUCUUUGAGUCACGGGAAUCUAUCAUUGCUUUGUGUACUCACCUACAAGAGGUGGUAAGAGCCAUCGAAGACCUAGAUGAAAAUCAGCUGAAAGACGAAUUUUUCAGACUUCUUCAGAUUUCACUGUGGGGGAAUAAGUGUGAUCUGUCUCUAUCAGGCGGGGACACCAGUUCUCAGAAAACCAAUAUAAUUAAUUCUUUGGAGGAACUAAAACCUUUGAUUUUAGUGAAUGACACGGAACAUCUUUGGUCACUGCUUACCAACUGCAAGAAAACAAGAGAAAAAGCGUCUAUUACCAGAGUAGAUAUUGUCUUGGAUAAUUCUGGGUUUGAACUUGUUACAGAUUUAGUUUUAGCUGACUUUUUGUUGUCCUCUCAACUGGCUACUGAGAUCCAUUUUUAUGGAAAAAUGAUUCCGUGGUUUGUGUCUGAUACAACUAUCCAUGAUUUUAACUGGUUAAUUGAACAAAUGAAAGAGUCUGAUGAUAAGUGCAUGUCCCAGUGUGGGGCUGCCUGGGAAACCUAUAUUAACAUGGGCAGGUGGGUUUACCAGGAUCAUAUAUUUUGGACUCUGCCUCAUGAAUUCUGCGUCAUGUCUCAGGUCGCUCCUGGCCUGUACGCUGAACUACAGAAGGCACAUUUAAUUUUAUUCAAGGGUGAUUUGAACUAUAGGAAGUUGACAGGCGAUAGGAAGUGGGAAUUUACUGUUCCCUUUCAUCAGGCUUUGAAUGGCUUCCACCCUGCCCCUCUCUGCAGCAUACGGACAUUAAAAGCUGAGAUCCAGGUGGGGCUGCGGCCGGGGCAGGCCGAACAGUACAUGACCUCUGAGCCCAACUGGCUGACCACCGGCAAGUAUGGGGUAUUGCAGUUCGAUGGUCCACUCUGACUUGCUUUAAGAACUCUUAGGUUGUGUAGGGAGAGACGA